CAUUUUUUGCGGUUCCGGCUGUAGUUGGCGCGAACGUGCACGACAGCGCGAGACAAAGAGCAUCUUGCACUGCUCCAUGUGAAGGCUCCGUUUGCGCUGCUCGGUUCCCGGACUGUAGGUGUGUGAGUAAUUAGGACAGGAGGAAUCGGCAUGGCUGAUAAAGAAGCUGCUUUUGAUGAUGCAGUGGAGGAGAGGGUGAUCAACGAAGAGUACAAGAUAUGGAAGAAAAACACGCCGUUCCUCUACGACCUAGUGAUGACCCACGCAUUGGAGUGGCCCAGUCUCACCGCACAGUGGCUCCCUGAUGUCACCAGGCCUGAGGGGAAAGACUACAGUGUCCAUCGUCUGGUCCUUGGCACCCACACCUCUGAUGAGCAAAACCACCUGGUCAUUGCUAGCGUCCAGCUGCCGAAUGAUGAUGCCCAAUUUGAUGCCUCACAUUACGACAGUGAGAAAGGAGAGUUUGGUGGCUUCGGCUCAGUGAGUGGCAAGAUUGAGAUUGAGAUCAAGAUAAACCAUGAAGGAGAAGUGAACCGGGCCCGUUACAUGCCUCAGAACCCCUGCAUCAUUGCUACAAAGACUCCAACCAGUGAUGUGCUUGUCUUUGAUUACACCAAACACCCUUCCAAACCAGACCCCUCUGGCGAAUGCACUCCCGACUUACGAUUGAGAGGGCAUCAGAAAGAGGGCUAUGGUCUCUCUUGGAACCCUAACCUAAGUGGCUGCCUACUCAGUGCCUCCGAUGAUCAUACAAUCUGUCUAUGGGACAUCAGUACUGUACCCAAGGAAGGGAAGAUAGUUGAUGCUAAGACCAUUUUCACUGGUCACACUGCUGUGGUAGAGGAUGUGUCCUGGCAUCUUCUGCAUGAAUCGCUCUUUGGCUCAGUGGCUGAUGACCAGAAGCUGAUGAUUUGGGAUACACGUUCCAACAACACAUCCAAGCCCAGCCAUGCAGUGGAUGCACACACUGCGGAGGUCAAUUGUCUCUCAUUCAAUCCUUACAGUGAGUUCAUCCUGGCUACUGGAUCUGCUGACAAGACUGUUGCCUUGUGGGAUCUCAGGAACCUUAAGUUGAAGCUGCAUUCUUUUGAGUCGCACAAAGACGAAAUAUUCCAGGUUCAGUGGUCACCUCAUAACGAGACCAUCCUAGCCUCUAGUGGAACAGACAGGCGUCUUAAUGUCUGGGACCUCAGUAAAAUUGGUGAGGAGCAAUCACCAGAAGAUGCAGAAGAUGGGCCUCCUGAAUUACUGUUCAUCCAUGGUGGCCAUACAGCAAAGAUCUCCGAUUUCUCCUGGAACCCCAAUGAGCCAUGGGUGAUCUGUUCUGUGUCUGAGGACAACAUCAUGCAAGUCUGGCAGAUGGCAGAGAACAUCUACAAUGAUGAGGACCCAGAAGGAGCAGCAGACACAGAAGUCCAGGGAUAAAGAACAAUGUAGAACUUUCAGCCUCCACCACAGCUCAUUGUCUCACAUAACCAUGCUCUUUCCUGUUUUCUGAAAUGGUGAACUGCAUCAGUCACAUCUUCAGCCACUCUCAUAUACUUAAUUUUCUUGAGAGAAAGAGAAAAAAUGACUUAAAGUAUUUCUCUCUAAUAUGAAGUGUAUUUUUCUAAGAGAAAUUGUUUGCUCUUAAUUUUCAGAAAGGCACAUUAAGCUCUCAUACUUUUUUUUUUUUUUUUUCUUUAUUCCAUAGCCAUAGGGCUUGAAAAGUGAAAGGGUGCAAAACCUAACACUUCGCUCCACAUACCUAAUUACUAUGGUCGAAUUGUGGUGGUUGUCAGUAGGUGACUUAUUUUAGAAUUAUUUUUACACGGCUGAGUCUUUCAAGAAAAUGUUAAAAGGGUCCACAGGGAGGCUUGUGUACUCUUAAUUUUGUACUUUUCUCUCAACAAUGGUGUAAUGUCAUGUUAUUGUCUAAUAUUCUUAGUCAUUUUGUGUGUUUUUUGUUUCCAGUGUCUGUCUUUGUCCACACUGUUGUACAGAAUGUUGAGAAUAAACUGUUUUUCAUCGAAA